AUGCUGAUCCAAGCUGACUUCUAUGGGACCAUCGUCCUGUGCGGAGUGCUUGGAUCAAACCCAUAUAUUUGGAGUAGAUUGAAGAAAUUUGUCCAUGAUGAGCUGGAGGGAGAAGCGGAAGUAGUCAAGCCCCAUUCGAGCAUGGAGUACUGUGGUCCGAGGGCCGCUAUAUCAGCUCUGGAGAAAUCGCUAUUCAUGUUCCGCCGAAGCCGAAAUCAUAUUGCGGCGUUCAUUCAUGGACUGUUUGAGAAAGGAAAACACAAGGAAGAUGACGGGUUUGGAUGUGCAGUCCGUGGUCCUCGUGCCCCAAACCAGAUGAUGAAAAGUUCUCACCAAAUUCAAAGAACCAUUAACUGCUAUGUCGUCGUAAAAGAGACCAAUGUGUUGAAGGCGGAAUAUGUGGUCUGCCAGGAAUCUCUUCCGGUGCUCGAAAAGAAAAGCUCCAGGCUGAAGGGGACGAUACGGACAUCCUUAUGCCAGCAGGAAAAGAAGAACCGACGGAUGGUUAGUAGCGUUUCGAAUCUGCAGACGGCGAAAGCUGAACGAAACCGAUUCAAAUCAGAAACGGGAGAAUAUCCAUCCAUGCUGGAUUUUGAUAUCGCCCUCGAAAUGACUUUGAGAAGGCCUCUCAAGAUGGCUGAUUCGUGGUUCUGGUGGGCAACGACUUGUCUAGGGUUAGGCGAUGCUUACACGGGCGAAUCAGCGCAAGCGUGGUUCUCGGCGGCAAGGCUCUACGAUGAGAGAUUGUCAUUCAACUCUUCCGCUCCCCCAGGAACUACGAGUAGUGGUAUGAAUACCAACGAAAAUGACAGCAUCGCUGUAUCUUCGCUUGGCCUGGAGCGCAGCAGCCUGCGCAUCCCCGACCAGAAGAUUCAUUACAUCAACGCCCUCCUUCGCUCGCUAGAUGCUCUUAUCUUCCUCCAACUGGGCAUCUCGUAUCUAUGCGACAACCUGACCUUCCUCCUACUCUUGCGCGCUGUGUCCCAAGUCCUCCACGUCCAGUACCGGCCGCCGAGCUCAAUUCAAUUACCGCCUGUCAUUUUUGCCAAUUUCCUGUGUUUCGGGACACAUCUUUUACAGCACAAGUCCAGUACGAAACGGUUACAUGGGGGGCUGAUCGUCGAUUUCGUCGGGGAGUUGGGGACUACAAAGUGGCGCCUGGUGUUUCUGGACGUGGUCAUUUGUGGAUUGCAAUUACUCAUGUUGGUGGUCGGAAAUGAAAAGCAAAUUCUGUUAGGGGAUAUAAUAUCACAGGAAGAGUCACAACCGCCCGACUUGGAGGCUGGCCGUGCUAGGUCACGUGCUCGAGAGCGACCGAGGGAGACUGAAGAAGGCAUUGAGUUACAGAGUCUUUUGCCGGAUAGACAGGGCGGGGAUCAGCCUACGCGUCCGGGAAGCGUUGAUACGGACGAAGAUAACGAUAUGAUAGUGUUGGACAUGAAAACCGGGCUGAAGAGUUUGCUAAGAAAACCCAUGGUAGCUACGUCGACCACCACAGUGGAAAAUCCUACUACAAGGGCUGAAUUGGCACAUGUGUUGGCCAGGCUCGCUACGACGCGAACUCGGAAUGCUGGAAUGAACUGA